AUUUUAUCAUUCUGGGCAUAUUAUUAAUUUCUAAAUUACAAUAAAAUAUUAAAAGAGCAGAGCAUAAUGAAGGCUCGCCGCGAUGGAAAAGAAGAAGAUAGCAAUGUCUUCCAAAAUCUUGAUAAAACAACCCUUUUACAAGAGGCAAGAUAUUUCAACUCUACACCCGUGCAUCCGAGAAAAUGCAUCCAUAUUUUGACGAAAAUACUCUAUUUACUAAACCAAGGCGAAGAAUUAACCACGCAGGAGGCUACGGAUAUAUUUUUUGCCACUACGAAACUGUUUCAGUCAAAGGACGUUGUGUUACGCCGCUUAGUUUACCUAUGCAUUAAAGAGUUGAGUCCUAUGGCACAAGAUGUGAUCAUUGUGACUUCUUCACUUACGAAGGACAUGACGGGUAAAGACGAUGAGUACCGACCUGCCGCCAUUCGAGCUUUGUGUAGCAUCACAGACAGUACAAUGCUGCAAGCUAUUGAGAGGUACAUGAAACAAGCUAUUGUUGAUAAGAAUCCUGCAGUAGGAUCUGCCGCACUGGUCUCCGCUUUGCAUCUGUCAGCCACCGUACCGGAUUUAGUGCGUCGCUGGAUAAAUGAAGCACAGGAGGCCAUGACUUCAGAUCAUGUGAUGGUUUCUUACCAUGCCUUGGCUGUUGUUGCUGGUGCAAGACGCAACGAUAGAUUAUCAACUGUGAAACUCAUUACAAAACUAGCUCGGACACCAGUUCGCUCGCCUUACACACUUUGCCUCCAAAUACGCUUUGCUGCCAAGCUAGCAGAAGAGGAUCCAUCUGAAGCAUCAGAACCUUACCUUGAAUUCAUUGAAUCCUGUCUACGCAACAAGUCAGAAAUGGUUGUUUAUGAAGCAGCACAUGCUAUUGUCAAUCUCAGAAAAUCUGCUAAAGAUCUUGCCCAAGCUGUGUCUGUGCUGCAAAUUUUUUGUGGCUCUUCUAAAGCGACUUUGCGUUUAGCUGGAGCUCGCACCUUAGCCAGACUGACUGCGAAACACCCCAAUGCAGUUGCAGCCUGUGCUGUGGAUUUGGAAAAUCUGAUCUCUGAUUCUAAUCGAUCAGUUGCAACUCUGGCUGUCACAACACUUCUUGCAACUGGUGCUGAAAGCUCCAUUGACCGUCUGAUGAAGCAAAUAUCUGAGUUUAUGUCAGAAAUAUCGGAUGAAUUUAAAAUUGUGGUGGUCCGUGCUAUCCGACGUCUCUGCUCUAAGUAUCCCCGCAAGCAUCAGUCUUUGGCUGCGUUUUUGGCAGGAAUGCUUCGUGACGAAGGAGGUCUGCAAUAUAAAACUGCAAUUGCUGAGGCUUUAAUAGCUCUCAUUGAAGAAAAUCCUGAUGCUAAGGAAACAGGGCUGGCUCACCUGUGUGAAUUUAUUGAAGAUUGUGAACAUGUCACUUUAGCUGUGCGUAUUUUGCAUGUCCUGGGACGAGAAGGGCCAAAAGCACGCCAACCUUCUAGGUACAUUAGAUACAUUUAUAACAGAGUGAUUUUGGAGUCAGGUCCAGUUCGGGCUGCUGCAGUAUCUGCUGUUGCUCGUUUCGGAGCCUCCCGUCCUGAGUUGCUGCCAAAUAUAAGGGUUUUGUUGUCACGCUGCCAACUAGAUGAAGACGACGAAGUUCGUGAUCGCGCCGUAUUCUACAGCGCUAUUUUAGAUUCUGGAAAUCCUCAGUUGAUCAACGAUUACAUCAUUAACAUUCAGGUACCGAAUCCGGUACUAUUAGAAAAGUCGUUGAGUGAUUAUCUUGCUUCAGGCGAUCAAAGCGAGCCCUUCAACAUCGCGGCGGUUCCCACAGCUGAAGAACCACAAGAGCCUAAAGAAUCUCCCGUUGAGAUUGAAACACGUAAAGCACCAGUAGUGUCUAGAGAAGAACAAUAUACUGAGCAGUUACAGGCUAUUCCUGGAAUAGAGAAACUGGGACCUUUAUUCAAAUCUUGCGAAGCCAUUGACUUGACUGAACCUGAAACUGAAUAUCGUGUGAGAUGCGUUAAACACAUUUUCGCUCGUCAUUUGAUUCUACAGUUUGAAUGCUUGAACACUUUAAGUGACCAACUUCUCGAGAAGGUUUACGUUCGUCUAGAUUCCAUACCAGGAUACAAAAUUUCUAACGUUGUGCCGUGUGAUGAGCUACCAUAUGACAAACAAGGCAAUAUUUUUUGUCUUUUGGAAUUUCCCGAAAAUCCAAUAGAGACUCUUGGAAAUUUCGGAGCUACUUUGGAAUUUGUCGUUCGUGACUGCGAUCCCACCACGGGUCUCCCGGAUUCUAAUGAAGGUUAUGCUGAUACUUACCCUCUAGAGGAAAUUGAGAUUACUUGCGCUGAUCAGUUCCGAACUCGUGCGGCGACUGACGAUUGGGAACAGGCGUGGGAGCGGGCCGCUAAUGCCGCUGAAGCUUGUGACACGUUCGGUUUGACCCAAUCAGAUGUGGGUGCGGCGGCCAGUGCUGUGUGUGAGCAUUUGGGAAUGCCAAAAGCGGCUAUUUCUGGUGAGGCCGUGAAGGAAAUCCGCGGCGGCGGCUUGUGGCGUGCCGGAGCACCUGUUCUUAUGAGAGCAAGAUUGGUAGCCGCCCAAGGAACUGUUACUAUGCAACUGAUUGCUCGUUCUCCGCGGGAAGACGUGGCGACACUGUUAUUGGCUGCAGUUGGCUAAAUUCUUUUUUAAUAAAUAUAAAAUCAAUACCAGAGUUUAUCGAAAUUUACUAACUUUAAUAUUAUGAACGUUAAUAUGUAGUACGAACACUAAAAUUUAGGAAGUUCAACUCUGUUUAUACUCAAAUGCGUAGAACGGGAACUUUCUCUUACUAUUAUCAAAUCAAACCACUGUGACCACGUCUAGUAAGUCAUUAUAAUAGCCCAUAUUAAUUUAAAUGAAAUUUGAACAUAAGCAAAUGAUAAAAAUACGAGUACAUGAAAUUACAAAUAAUCUAUAAAUAAUCUUCUUCCGUAGCGGCAUCACUUUUAACGGUGUGGUCGCGGUCAUCAUUUCAGGUGGUAGUGGCAAACUUCACAAAACCCCGCCACCCUUCUCUGAUGGCUGCUAUCUUCGUGUAUUCGUGUAAUGAUGGGACAUUUACUGCCGCUUUUCUCUGGUCAAUUCACCUUGUAGGCGACAUAAUCAAUACUUAUGAUAAAAAAACAGUAUAAUCCGAUGUGUCUGUACAUUGGAGGAAUUUUAUACAUAGAAAGGUGUUAACUAAAGAGCUGUAUUUUUAUUUCUAUUCUAUGAACCGGUGUUGUGUAGUUCUGACCGGAGAUUAAUUUAGAGCAGAAUAGAGUGUGCUUAUAUUGAUAUAUAACAGUUAAAAUGGUAAUCGGUCACGAUAAAUUGGCCACUGAAUAAUUUGUAUUUCUAUACUCUUCCAUUUUAGAAGUUAUAUAUCAAAUCAUAAUGUAAUUGAAAUGAAAAUUACUGUGUCUGUCUGUUUUAACGCCCAAAUCACAACCGAUUUUGACGAAAUUCGUUCUAGAAAUAGUUUGGGUCCUGUGAAAUGAUAUACAGCACCUUUUAUGGGUCCACCCACGUAAUAUAAAGGUUAGAUGAGAUAGAGAUGGAUUUUUGUAGGGCAAAUAGCAAUUUAAGUCAAAAUUAGGUUUCCAAUAGUAUCUCUUGGCAUACCCAUUCAGCUACACUCUGUAAUCAUAGGGAUCCGAUUGAAAACAGGAGUACCAAUACGAAAUAAUUACUGUCUAUAUAGAAAAAGCAACAGAGCUUAAACAAGAAAAUAAUAAUACAAGCAUACGUAGGUAUAUAAUACGGUCCGUUCAUUAGCGAAGAUUACUUUUUUGGAGGUAGCGGUCGUCUUUUGUGCGGAAUCUGGUCAUAAAAUUUACCGCUUUAAUGUUAUUCAUAAUAUAAAUCCCACACAUCUAACCAGUCAUAUGAAUUUGAUGAUAAAAAGCCUAUUUGCGUUCGGGAACCUCAGAAUUUGAGAGUCUAAAAUUUCGAGUCGAGUAUAAUAAGCAUGAGAUCGAAAUAUAAUGUAAAAUUUACAACAAAUUCAUGAAGUUUAUUUUAUUGUAUCCUCAUUGUGUUUAUUGUCAAUUUCCUAUUUAAUUAUGGCCACGAUUACUAAGAAUAUACAAAAAUAUUGGUAUUAUGUUAAAGUACUAGAAGAGCCUAUGCCGUCAAAUAAAUUACCCAAAAAAGGUAUAAAGAUUUGUUUAAAGCAAGCAGCACAGGCGUAAACGAUUUUAAUGAUUAGUAAAAUAUUUAUAAUAAACUCUAAAUGUUUUUAACUGUAGAAAAGAAAAAAACCUGUCAUUGUUUAUUUUUAAGUUCAUGAAAUGUUCGGUAAGAUUUUAUCUAUUAUGAAUAAAUACGAAAUCACG